UGUCAAAAACUGUUAGGUUGUUAUAGUAGCUAGGUCGAAAGGAAAAAUUAUGCAACUAAAGUAUUUAACGAAAAAAGAUGCCAAAAAUGUUGCUGUGUGGUCAAGAAUUGGUGUCUUUCUAAUACAGCUCUUAGCUAAUGUUGUUCCUGACUACCAAGGAGAUGCUUUCCAACCUGUUGUCAGUCCCGCUGUUGGUUGGAUUGAUGUUGUGAUUCGUGCUGCACUUGAUGGCUUUCAUAAAUGGGAUGCACAGUAUUUUACAUACAUAGCAGAGCAUGGGUAUGUGGAAGAAAGCACAUUUGCCUUUUUUCCUAUGCUACCAAUGUCAUGCCAUGGAAUCGGUGCAGUUCUUACAUCUGUGACAAACAUUUUCUCAUUCCAUACCUGCUGUCUAUUAGCUGCUUUCUGUCUGAAUACGUUUUUAUUUAUUGAGGCAGCUGCUGCAGUCUAUGAUUUAACUUUGCUUAUUUAUAAAGACAAGACGUUUGCUUUCUUGGCAUCAAUGUGUUUCUCAUUCAAUCCCUCAUCCAUAUUUUUCUCCUCUUGUUACUCAGAGACAAUGUUUGCAUUCUUUUCAUUCAAAGGGUUGGUAGCAGCUGAAAAAAGGAAAAUGUUUCAAUCUUCACUCUGGUUUGUUUUUGCUUCUUGUACUCGAUCCAACGGCACAGUUAACGCUGGUUUUAUAGCUUAUUACUCCUUGAAACAUUUCUUAAAUAUGAAGCAUACUGGAUUUCAUGUGAUUAUAUAUUUUUUAAAGACUUUUAUGCACUGUGUUAUGAUUUGUAUUCCUUUUUGUUUGUUCAAUUACUAUGGUUAUGUAAAAUUCUGUAAUGGGAAGAUGGAAGAGAAUUUAUUGAAUAAUAAUUCUCCAGAAAUACCUGCAUGGUGUAACAAACCUAUACCCUCCAUAUAUAAUCAUAUACAGCAACACCAUUGGGGGCUUGGUCUGUUUGCUUAUUAUAAAUGGAACAAGAUACCAAACUUCAUUCUUGCUCUGCCUGUCGUAAUUAUUACUGUUAAAGGGGUGUAUGAAUAUCUAGAAAGACGUAAAGGAGAAAUAUUAUAUCUUGGUCUUCCAUUUAGAAACUUGAAAAAUCCUGUUAUACAAGCAAAAAGUGCAUUUUUUGCUUCCCAGAGUAUUUUCUGUUAUAUUUGCCACUUGGUUUUUCUAGUUACUUUUUCUCUGUGUUUUAUGCAUGUCGAGGUAACAACUCGUAUGGUAAUGUCUGGCUCACCCUUGCCUUACUGGUUUGUUGCUAGCUAUUUAUAUUCUUGUGUGGAUCAAAUGAAUGUAACAUGGGAUUCUUGGGCAAAGCUUAGCAAACCCACCAAGUAUUUAGUUGUUUAUUUUUGUAGUUAUUUUGUAACUGGUAUCGUUCUACAUGUUAAUUUUCUACCAUGGACUUGAAUUAAAGCAGAAUUGGCUUUAUUUUUAUUUUAACGAAUCUUAUGAAUGUGAGUAACUUUCAACAAUGAAUAUAUUAUAUUGCACAAACAAA